CCUCGCUGGUAUGUAUUAAUACAGUAACAUACCCAUAACGUAAUUUACUAAACUCUACUCCAUGAGAAAACGUUAUUUUGCCAAUCUCAUACCCAUUAUCGAUGUAAAUAAAACUGAUUCGUUCUCCCACAAUAUUAUCGAAUCGCAUUAGUUAUGUACUUAUGUUGUAGAAUUCAGGUUCCCUUGGUCAAUAUGGACAUCGAUUAGUUAAUAUUUGGAGCACUUCAAAGCCAACCAUCAGUCGCUGUAUCUUUACCUAAAAUAGUAUCGAUCAAGCUUUCACGGAAUAAACCGACUUUUUUAAACUCGAUUUCUCUAUUUGGCAAAUCUUUAUCAAGUUGACGGUAUGCAAAUUUGUCUAGCGAGGUCUUUCUUUCUUCUCCAUUCGCAUAAAGUUAUCACGACUCGAACACACUACCUCUAAACACAUUAUCGCUAGUCAUUGUGUAGGUUACACCAUAAAUAAAAUUCGCAACGAUAUCAUCAAAAAAGAAAAUAACUUAAUAAUUAUGUGAAAUUAAAGGAAAAAGUUUAUUUUUCCAUAUCUACACGCGUAGCCUUCGCUAUAAAAAGCGGACAAUGCAUGUGACUGAGACCUCACACACAGCAGUACCCGGAGAUCUCGCGCAUGCUAGACGAGUAAGAUCCUCCCUCAGCCGUCAACCAGCGGUAAGUCUCUGCUCUUUUCUUCGCUUCAUCUUUAAUUUUCUGUUUGUUUUAGCGUUGCAAUUAUCUGAUUCUUGGUGAUUCGUCUUCUUUGUUCGCUAUUCUGAUUCUCCCUGUCAAUUUACAUCGUCUUUUCUCACAGAGAGAAGUCAAUAUUGGUCAAUUUUAUUCAGUGGGAUGUACCAUAAAAGAGUUAACUCUAGAUCUGAUAGAUAGUCGAGAUCUGAUUUCUCCUUUGAGAAAAUCUUGAUCUUUGGCAAUGGAAAACAAUCCAAGGAGAUGAAAACCAUAAUUUUAUCAAUUACUUCAAAAGAGAAAAUUCAUGCUGCUAUUCGAGAAGAAAUUAUUGAUAUAGUAUUGUACACACAUAUUUUUCUCAAUUUCCAAUUGAAAAUACUAUUCAUUUUUCGAAACAAGAUACAAAAAUUCAUAUGCAGACAAUAGAAUAUCGAUAGAUGCAAUUAGGAUAAACUUGAAAUACUCUGUUUCAAAAUCCAGUGGUUUUUACUGUUUGAUAAGUCCCUCGCAUACACAUUUAUUUAUUUUCAUUUUCUUUACCCAAGCCGGAUACGGGUAGGGUGCAUAAUCAGAUCUGGUGCCUUGGUUUUGAAUGGAGCCAGAUCUGAUGAGUAAGAUUGAAUGAACUUUUAAUUGACCUAUAUCUCCUUUGUUUUAAUAUGAAUUUUAAAAUAUUUUGCACAGAAAGAACAUGUUCUUUGUGAUCUAUAAAACGAUAAACAUUAUCGAUAUAUUUCACUGAAUUGUUUUUCGAACCACCCGUUACCUCCUUUUGUUUAACUCGAAUUUUGAAAAAUUUGCACAAAAUAAACGAUUUUGUCAUGAUCUACAAAAUGAUGUCAAAUCUCAAUUUUUUCCGAAAAAUAUCUUGAAUCAUCUACCACCUUUACCAUUAGGGGUGGAAAUCGGUACGGUAUCGGUAUCCCAAUACCAAAUAUCGAAAUUCUGAAUACCAAAUUACACCCUAGAAUCAAUCCCAGUCACAAUUCCUAAAUAAUUUUGGUAUUCCAAUCACAAUCCCUAAAUAUUUCGGCAUCCCAAUCGGUAUUAUCAAAUACAAACUUAAUUACCUUUACAAUUAGUAAUUAAAUAUAUAAAUUAGAUUUGAUUGUUUAAUAUAGAACAAAGGGACUAAGGCCAAGUCCAAUGCAAAACCCCAAAUUUGGUGAUUGAUCCCCAUUUUCCCUUCUUUUGCUCCAAUGCUUCAAUCUCCAUAUUUGGGGAUUUCCAUUUUUCCAGUUUUUCCAUUUACUUAAAAAUGUACUUAUUGUAGCCUUAAUAUAAUUUGUUCAUGUUAAUUUUGUAUAGUUCGUCAUCAUUUUUAAAUACAAAUUUUUUGAUAGAAUUUUGUUAAAUUCCGAGUCCGAAUUUUUUUGGCAAAAAAUUAUGUACCUAACUUGGGUUUACACACAACACUUGAAAAUGAUUGAUCUAAUUAAAUCCCUAACUAAUCCCCUAAUUAAACCUCAAUUAACCCCUAAAAUCUUAAAAAGAAAAAGAAAAGCCACGCACGUGGCGGGCUUUGAGGAGUCUCUAUAUUUGCGGGAUCCUUCCUUUCCACCCCCCAAAAUUGGGGAUCCUUUUGCAUAUCACCGCCCAAAUGUAGAGACUCCUCCAUUUAUAGAGACUUCAUUGGAGCUAACUUUUCCCUAAAUAUAUAGACUCCCCCAUUUAUAGAGGCUCCAUUGGACUUAGCCUAAACAAAGAGUUUUGAGUUUGGCUAGAGCUAGGAUAUGUAUAAGGAGAAUGAAGUAGAAGUGACAUCUCAAGUUUUUGUUAUUGGUAAUUUUUAAUUUGACGAAUUGGAGGCUGAUAGAAGACUGAUACUAGUGUUUGUUUUUUGGUGUUAUGAAAAUAACAAUAAAUUGGUGGUUGAGGGUAGUGUAGUAGUGAAUGUGACUUCAUUGGAGCAUCAAGGUUAAAUUGAAAAGAUAAGAUGAAUUGUUCCGUAGAAAAGAUAGCAAACACCGCGCCUCAUUUUCUUCUAUCAAUGGCUUCCCUCAUACAAUUCGCACUCAUCACUCUUCCCGUUAAUCUCUUUGCUUUAUUCUAUCAGUCACAACAAGAACAACAAGUCACAUUCAUAUCAAUGAUAAAAUAUAAAAAGAACACAUACAUAUAUAUUGUGGUGUGACCGGACUGGAAUAGACUCAUGAGGACCACAUACCAAAUAGUGAAAGACAUCUUAGGACCAAAUACCCGACCAUCAUUGCAUUUGGUCCGUGAUCUGGUCCAAAUGUCACUUCGAUAUAUUUUUCAGUAUUUAUAAAAUUAAUGAGAUUGAGGAUCGAACCACAUUAUAUUUGAUUCAGUUAGUCCGGUCCAAACAUUGGUUUAGUUUGAUUGGUCUAGUUCAAACGUCAGUUUGGUUAGGUGCGGUCCAAUACGGACAAAAACGUUGCACACUUCUACAUAUGUAGGAAAAAUUACAAAAAAAAAUGCACAAUUGAAAAAAAGAAUUCCUUCUGUUGAUUCAAUUAUCGACCACUUAUUUUGGUCUAACCUUGAUGAAUCACUAGCCGAACGAAUAGUCCGUUAACCGACUUAAUAAAUGAUGACAGACUAUAGGUUGACUAACAACCAAAUAAACAGCCACGUCUAUAUCCGAACAGUCUAACAACCCUAGUAUAUUCCUAGCAUAAUGGUUCACUUCUAUACAACUAUUGUAUAAUCUUCUAUACCACCAAAUUCUAACAUCAAUCAAUGGUAUACAAUGGUAAAAUAUGACUCGAUAACUUUCAAUUUUUUUGCUUCAAAUAUAUAAAGUGGAUAUAAAACUGUAAAAUAGUUACCUAUGUUUUUCAUUAUUUUGGCAAAAAAAAAAAAGAUAUAAUUUUGUAAAACAUGAUUAAUCUAUUUUUUUGUGCAAAAAUUUGAGUUAAAUUUUAAUGCAACUUUUUUUUUAUCCCUGAGUCCAUUACCGUACCUCUAUUAUAUUUUAUAAAAUUAUCCCCUAAAAGAAUAAUAAGAUAGUUUUUCAAUCUCAUAUCAUAUUAUCGAUCUAGAAGUGAUUUGUUUUCCCCCCCAAUAUCGAUCCAUGGUUGUAGAAAUCGUGUUUCUCUAGUCAGUAUGCACACUUUGAACAUCGAUCUUUUAGUAAUUGUAGUUAGUAUUUGAACUUCAAAGGCAACGAUCAAUCACUAAGGCUUUCUCUAUAAUCAUAUCGGUGGAUCUCCUAUAGGAGUAACCCUGCUUUUUUACUGCAUUUCAUCAUUUGGAAAAUGUUACGUUUAAUAUAAUCAAGUUGAGGAUAUGUAAAUUUGUCUACGACCCUAUUUAAAUUCUUUCCUUAGUAAGGGAUUGAGGGUAAAUUCUUCUACCCAAAAAUAAAAAGAACGAGGGGGAAAAACAGUUGACAUGAAAACUCCAAUUUUGAUAUGGAGUUCUUAGUGUUUCACUGUUUCCUAUCAUUCUUUGGGAAUGGGCAUGAAUUACAGAUUGUAAUUUAUGAAAAUCUAACUACUACUAUAUCUAAAGAUAAAAAGAGAAAAUUAUUAGCAGAGAAUCUCAAUGGGGCCAACAAUCAACUGGAAAAAAAUUUAGCAGAGAGAGUCAUCAAGAUGACUCAAACACACCAGGCUGGACUAUAAGUCCGUUGGUAUUUUUUGAUGGCUACAUCAUAAAUACGAUUUAACGUCAGUGUCGAUAAAAAGAAUCUAAUGUUUAUUUGUAAUUAAAGAAAAUAGUUUAACUUCCAUAUUUGCGUGCUCAGCUUUCAAAGUAGCCGCUAUUAAAAUGAGACAUUUUCAUUUUGGUGCAGGUCGUGCGCCCAACAGUACCACCAGUGAGAUCUCUCGCUCAAGCUAGGCUAGCAGUGCCUCUCUCAUCAGUUAUCAACAUGUAUGUCUCCGCCCUCUCUGAUUUCAUUCAUCCCAGUUCGUUGUCUGUUUGGUCUUUGGCUUCUCUAAUUGUUAGUUUGUUUUGUUUGUUGUUUAUUAUCGAUUCUCCUUGUUCAUUUCAUUUUUCUCACAAACACAAGUCAGUGUUGGUCAAUUCUAUUCGAUGAUACCAUAAACGAGUACAAUCUAGAUAUGAUGUCUGGUUGGGGGAUAUGAUUUCUUGUUUGAAAAAGUAUUUGUCCUUGGCAUGAAAAACAAUUGAGGAAGAAAGAAAUCAAUUUGGCUUGGUCCAACUCAAGUCUUUCAGUGCCAAUCCGCCGUCAAUUUCUGUUCGAUCAAACUUUUCUUCAUAGACUUGUUUGCCGACUGAUCAUCUAGGAUAGGAUCUCACUAUUGGAAUAGCUCCAAAACUUCAAUUAAUAUGCCAAAAGAAGCCAUUCACGUUCAAAACGCUGCCUUUUCUUCAUCAUUAUACCUUUCCUCGGGCAUGCAAUGCAGUGUGUCAGACAUCCAGUUUCCAUUUUUUUUUUUUGGUCCUCUUUAUUACCUCCAUGCAUGUCUUGACAACUUAUACUCGUAAGUGAAGUAAAUGCUCGAUUCAGUAUAAUUUCGUUGUUGUCGUGGUUAUAAUAAAGUUGUGAUAACAUAGAUAAAACUACUACCACAUAAAAAAAACAAUAUUUUUCAAGGUUGAUAUACUUUACUAGUUAGUAUAAAGCACAAAAGGAUACAAUUUGGUAUAAGGCCCGUUUAAUAUAGUUUUUUUGUCGUUGUUGCAGUAGAGUUGUAAUAACAAAGAUACACAACUACAACAAUAUGAAUAUGUUUAGUCGACAAUUCUUAAUGGAAGUCGCGACAACCAGCAGAAACAGAAAACACGUUUAGUUACUUAUUCAGUUCUUGUCUAGUAUCAAUAUUGAGACUAAUUAAAACAACAGUAGGAAAAUAAUGAGGGGGAUAUGUGACGAGUUGUGUGAAAUUUGAGAAAGAAAAAGAUACGAAAUCAUAGUGGUUAUAUAAGGUUUUGAGAAUGAGUUUUGCGAAAUUGGAGCGGAAAAAAUAAAUAUAUGUAGAAGGCGGGUCUAGUGAGAUUCGGUUAUACACUCUCUCUUGAAUGAAAAUUAUUCUAUGAGUUAAUACGAUCCACAAGAAAGAGCUAGUGAUUUCACUUGUUGCCCCCUUACUUUUCCCUUUGUUUUCUUCAGCUCUCGAAGUUUUUCCAAAUGGAUCGUUCCCAGAAGCAAAACAACAAUGGAGCUGGAAAAGGAUCCGCAGCUGGGAAUUCAAGGAUGAGGAACUUGGAUCUGAACCUGUCUCUGGGCUUCCCCGAUGACGACGACCUUCCUACGAAUUAUCAGCAGCUGCCUAACGAAGCCAGUAACCCUAAUCAACACCAAACUGUUCGUCGAAGAAGCUAUUCUGCUAAUAACAACAACAACUUGGGGCAGCUUAACAACAUUCAUUUUCCCGUUCUCAACUCCAUGCAAGUUCCACCACCACCAGCCAAUAACAGCAAUUUCGGGCAGAUUAACAGCACUAAUAUUCCCGUUCUCAACUCCAUGCAAUUUCCACCACCAGCCAAUUUCAUCAGUUCCAGCUCUCCGGCUCCAAACAACACUACUCCACAGGGCGGGAGGAUUACUGUUGGUCAGCUGACGAGGAUGAACAGGACCAUGGUGCCCAGCAACAACAAUGUGAUCAAUCGUGUCAUGACGAACCAGCGAUACUAUGAACGCGGCCAGACCUCCAAUCCAGCUCCGCCACCUUUUAGGUUGAUCAACCAGCAACCAAACUACAACAACAACAACAACCCUACUCAUUUCUACACCGGCGAGAGCAGCACCGGUGCUGGAAGCCAUAGAAACUCCCCGGCCGUCAACUCCACCUAUCUCACCCCUGCCAACAACAACAACAACAACAACACCAACCCUACUUACUACCACAUCGGCGGCGGUGGAAGAAACAACGGCAAAGCCCCCGCCGUCCACCCCACCUUUCCCACCACUACCAACAACACCAAUAUGCUCAACAACGCACGGAUGGCUUGGUUGAGGUCGCAAGUUGCUGCUUUACCAGCUGCACCUCCUCAAAACGGCAGCAGCAGUAACAUGACCAUGAUGAACUCCCAGCUUCCUUCUCCUCCUCCUCCGCCGGCGGCGGCGGCGGCUGCCAUCAACCUCAACAUGAUGAUGCAGCAGGGUGGCGGCGGGCUGAUGAUGAACCCUGCAGCUGGCGGCCAAGGAUUGGCUGCAGGAGAUGCCGCCCCACUGAUGUACCAGAUCCCUAGCCACAACAGCAACAACAACGGUAACGCUGCUGCUCCUGCUGGUGGUAAUAUGGUGUUCGGAAUUCCGGUGCAGCUGACAGCCGCACAACCACUAGCUGCCGCCGCGACGGCAGCGGCUAAUGGUGGCACGAAUAUGAAUGGCUAUCAGCUGUACCUGCCGCUGCAGCUAAUGAUAGCUGCAGCAGCAGCGAGAGAAGGCAACAACAGCAGCAGCAACAACGUUGUUGUUGCUGCUGCUGUCGUUGCUAAUAAUCCGCAGCCGGCUGCGGUCGCGGCUGCUGCUCCUGCAGUGGCGAUGGAGAAUUUCGGGAUGCGUCGCCAGCGUGGAGGCGGGAACUACUUCCCGCAGGGCAAGAGGUGCAUUCGUUGCAACAACAACGACACUCCCAUGUGGCGCCGUGGCCCUGGUGGCGGCAAGACACUGUGCAACGCUUGUGGGAUUAAGUUCAGAAAGGAGGAGAGAGACAGGGACGCGGAAGGAGGAAACGGCGGCGACGGUGCUGGACAGCCCGAUAACGGCAACUAAUUACAAUCCGCAACAGAGAUCUUUGAUUUUCUUGAGAACAUUUCAGCCUCUGCUGCUGAGAGUCUUUCCAUAAGGAUAAUUUAUGAUACAUUUUUCUGAGUUUGGGUGCAUGCAAUAUACUACAUGGACAAAUCUUUUUCCUAAAUUUUUGAGUUUGAAUGCAUCAAAUAUAUGUCUCAUUUGAAUUAGUUUUGAAAAAUUUACUAGUAUUUUUUUAUCAUGACAUAUGUAUCAUAUAUGUCAUACAUGCAUUAUAAUAUUUUAUUUUCAACUUAUUUUAAGGUUUCGUUUAAGGUUUCAACAAGUACUUAAAGUAAAAAAUGAGCUGAAACUGAAAUCAUUCUAACAUGUUGAGUCUGAACUAAAAGUUUUUUUAAAACAAACUCUACGAAAAUAAAAGGAGGAAUGUCUACGAUAACACUCGUUUGCAAGAAAUAACCAAAAUCUUCGCCAUUGUUUUAUCUAGUCCAAUUCGAUGUAAAGUAUAGUAGAUCGACCGUCCACCUCAUCCUAAUUCAUAGUCUAACAUUCUCUCAAACUUAAUCAAUAAUAGGAUGUCUA